AUGUCUGAACUCUUGGAAGGUUCUGGCACCCUUCCCACCAACUCCACACCAGUAGGCCAUAACUCUCUUAUGAAUGGGACUUUCAUGGUUUUCCAUGGCUUGCAGUUGGUACAACGGCUAAAGUUGCUGAUCAUUCUGAUGUAUACGGGUGUGGUAGUUGUUGGAAUGGUAGGCAACUGCCUUCUGGUGCAUGUCAUCCUGCAUGUAAAGAAGAUGCACAAUGUCACCAACUUUCUCAUUGGCAACCUAGCUCUUUCAGAUGUGGCCAUGUGUGCCACCUGCAUUCCACUCACUCUUGCCUACAUUUUUGAGCCUCGUGGCUGGAUUUUUGGCAGCAGUAUGUGCUACUUUGUGUACUUCAUGCAGCCUGUCACUGUCUAUGUCUCCGUCUUCACCUUGGCCACCAUUGCUGUGGAUCGGUACAUUGUCAUUGUGCACCCACUGAGACGCCGUGUGUCUUUGCAGCUCAGUGCUUACAUGAUUCUCUUCAUCUGGAUUCUCUCCUGCUGCUUGGCACUGCCAGCCAUGGCACAUACCUAUUAUGUGGAGCUGGGUCAACAGGGAGUCACACUGUGUGAAGAGUUCUGGGGGGACCAAGAGCACCAGAGACAAACUUAUGCUAUGUGCUUGCUGCUCAUCACCUACCUCUUCCCUUUGCUGGCCAUACUGGUAUCCUACAUCAAGAUCUCUCUCAAGCUAAAGAACAGGGUUAUGCCAGGUAGCGUGACUCAGAAUCAGGCUGACUGGGAUAGAGCUAGGAGGAAAAAGACAUUUUGUCUCUUGGUUAUAGUAGUGGUGGUCUUUGGGGUGUGCUGGCUUCCCCUUCACACCUUCAAUCUUAUUCGGGACAUUAACAUUAGUGCCAUUGAUUCUUAUUAUUUCAGUCUGGUUCAAUUAUUUUGCCAUUGGUUUGCCAUGAGUUCUGCAUGCUAUAACCCCUUCAUUUAUGCCUGGCUACAUGAUAGCUUUAGGGAAGAGCUUAAAAAAUUACUUGCUUGGCAUAGGAAAAUAGUUCCUGCUGGGCAAAGUGUAACUGUCAGCAUUGUUAUCUGAGCAGCUUUCCUCUAUGUGGUCUUGCAAUUAUCAUUGAGUCCUUAAUGUCUAUGAACAAAAUGAUUCAAAGUUGCAAAUAGCAGAGUGUGAUCAUGAUUUCCACACUGGACAAAACCCAGACCUUCUUUGCUUAUCAUGGUUGGGUCUUAACCAUGCCAUCAGGCAACAAAUUCACAGUCUGAUUUGUGGAUGGACUCCUUGGAAGGACUCAUUCUGGAAAAGAAAAGGCACUUGGAGUUUUGCUAUUUGAAAUCAUUUUCACUUUUGGUCUUUAAAAGUGUUCUGUAUAAAUAGCUUUUUUGUGCUGAUGUGCAGAUGCAAGCAAUAUACUUCUUGGUAUGAUGUAGAAGAACUUUGUUUAGGAGAGAUGUGGAUGUAAUUAAGAUCUAAUAUUAUGUAUUUAAACCUCUGAUAAUCUAAAAUUGUGUGUGUGUUAAACUACAGAGGCAUAC